AUGCCUCCUGUUUGUGAAGACUAAACCUGGCGCCGUAAAAGAACACACUAUCAUUUUUGGAAGCAUUUCGAGCCGCAUGAUUUUCAUUCAUUAACAUUAUCAUAAUAUUUCAUUUUUUGCAGACCAUUGGCAAUGGCAUUUGAUGGAUGGCCUGCUAAAAUAACUGUCUGGUUCAUAAAAUUUCUUGUUCUCAUACAUGACAUCAUAUCACUACCUAUUUAUUUUUUCAUUGACAAACCAUGGCAUCGUUGGAAGUUGAACAGAGUUGUUUGGGCAAAAUUAGAAGCUGAAAACGAUCCUUACAGUUGCUACAUACGUCAAGUUCACCAUUGCAUUCCUACAGACGAUGGUAUUCAGACAAUGGAUAAAUUAUUCGAAAAUGCAGUCGAAAAAUACGGACAGAAAAAGUGCUUCGGAGUAAGAGAAGUUUUAGGGGAAGAAGAAGAGGUUGUAAAAUCUGGGAAGAUUUUCAAAAAGUUAUCGCUUGGAGAUUACAAAUGGCUGACGUAUGACGAAGUUAACCAAAAGGUAGAGCGCAUUGGAAAAGGUUUGUUGUCUUUGGGAAUCAAGUCAAAGACGCCUGUUGUACUUUUGGCAGAAACUAGAGUGGAAUGGAUUAUAACCGCACAAGCUUGUUUUAGAAUUAAUGUGCCAGUCGUAACACUUUAUGCUACACUUGGAGAAGAGGGUUUGCUUCACGGUAUUCUAGAAACUGAAGUUACACACAUUGUUACGUCAUCUGAACUUUUCUCAAAAUUAAAGAAUGUUUUACCUCGAGCGCCAGCUAUCACUCAUGUCGUGUACAUGGAAGGAACGACACCUCCUCAAACGGAAGACAUUCCAGAAGGUGUUCAAAUCGUUUCCUUCACUGAUUUGGAAGAAAAGGGAGAAAAUUACAAAGAUGCAACAUUCAUACCUCCUGCACCAGACGAUUUGGCUAUUCUUAUGUACACUAGUGGUUCUACUGGCGUUCCAAAAGGUGUGAUGAUUACACAUAAAAACGUAAUAACUACUGUCAAGGGAUUCGAUGAUGUAUUGAAAAACUCAUCUCUGCAAUUACGUGAGGAUGACACGUAUGUGGCAUAUCUUCCGGCUGCUCAUGUCUUAGAGCUAGCAUCAGAAUGCUAUUUAUCCUCAUCUGGUGUACAAGUGGGGUUCUCCAGUCCACAAACACUGACAGAUUUUAGCACAGCAGUAAAAAGUGGAGCAAAGGGAGAUUUGAAAGUUUUGAAGCCAACAUUGAUGGUAUCAGUACCGCUCAUGUUGGACAGAAUAAGGAAGAUGAUUAUGCUUCUUGCGGGAAGAGAAGGGACUUUUACUCGUUUGAUGUUCGACUUCGCAGUGAGCUAUAAAAAGUUUUGGUCACAAAUUGGAUUCCAGACCCCAAGACUUAACAGAAAACUUUUACAAACCUAUCGAAACUUUAUGGGAGGAGAUUUACGUGUUGUUAUGAGUGGAGGCGCUCCUCUUUCUUCAGAUACACAAAGUUUCAUUCGCUGCUGCCUCAACGUACAAGUUCUGCAAGGUUAUGGAUUGACAGAAACUGCUGCCAGCUCGACGAUUCAAGAUUUUGAUGAUUAUUCCAGUGGUAGAGUAGGAGCACCAUUAUCUACCUGCAAGUUGAGACUAGUUGAUUGGGAUGAAGGUUCCUAUCAUGUAACGGACAAACCAAACCCACGAGGGGAGAUAGUGGUAGGAGGUGACUGUCUGACAAAUGGGUAUUUUAAAAACCAAGAUCUAACAAACGAAGUUUUCAAGAUUGAAAAUGGGACCAGGUGGUUCUAUACUGGUGACAUUGGAGAAAUGCUUCCCAACGGAACCUUAAAAAUAAUUGACCGUAAGAAGGAUUUAGUCAAGUUACAAUUCGGAGAGUACGUUGCUCUUGGAAAAGUGGAAGCUGAAUUGAAAACUAGCCCAUUAGUGGAAAAUAUCUGUGUUUACGGAAGUGGUUUGCACAUGUAUCUCAUCGCGCUUGUAAUUCCCAAUCCGCAGCAGCUGAAGUCAAUAGCGAGAUCAGUUGGGAAAGAAAGCUUGUCUUUUGAGCAGAUGUGCUCCGAUGCAGAGAUUACUCAAAAAGCAACUGAAACGAUUAAAGAUUAUGCUAAGAAGUGUCAUCUAUUUGGAGCUGAAGUUCCUGGAAAAGUGAAGCUUUGUUCUGAAGAAUGGACACCAGAAUCAGGAUUGGUAACUGCAGCCUUCAAACUUCGAAGGAAGAAUAUUGAAAAUUAUUAUAAGCCUGUUAUUGAUUCCUUGUAUUCUGGAGAAGUACGGAAUGGUCCAUCCUCUAGAUGACAUAUGAGAAGAUAGCACACAAUUUUGAGUAUAAUUCAGAAACUGACAAGCUUUGAAAGCAUUUAACUCAUGAAUAUACUACCCUUCAUCAUAAGCUUUGCAUAAUCAUGCUAAAAGUUUGAACCUACAGUUCGUUUGGAUGUAGUCGAUAUGAUGUAAAAAUUAUAAAAGUAAUGCUUUAGCUAUACUUUAGAGUUUUGCGCUUUGUUUUAAAGAUAAAUAAUA